CAAGGGUGAAAAGGAAGGUUUAGUGCGCCAGAAGCGUUGAGACCUCCCUGAGCAUGAAGCGCAACGUGCAUGCUUCUUUGUCGGCAACACUGAUAACCACCUGUCUUUGAAUUGAUUUCUUGCCGAGUUUACGUACUCAUUUGCUGCACAUGCACGACGUAGAUAGAUAGUGAACAGCUGGCUAGCUCAGCACAAAUCCGAAAUCUAGCUGAUGCAGGAAGAAUCAUGUACGAUUGGGAGCGAAGAUAGCACCAAAAACAACGGGGCGAUGAGCUUCAUGAGUGGUAGUUAGCAAUAACUUGAGUAUAUAUAAGUCUCGUAACAAACCGAUGAUGGUAUUUUCGCUUUCUUAAUUUUGACGUGGUAGUGGAAAAGGGAAACACGAAAAUUAAUAUGUAUGAAACUCGGGAUUUGACCGGACGCGCUGGAGAAUAUAAAUACGCAAACCCAUGGCCAAACGAUGCGAAGAUUGCCGUCUCUUUCGUAGUCAACUACGAAGAAGGAGGCGAACGUUCCAUUCUAUACGGAGACGAAGGAUUUGAAACAUUCCUGACAGAAGCUGGCCUCAUGCCCUUUCCUAAUCGUCCUGUUCGAGAACGUUCUAUUGAGUCGUGUUUUGAGUAUGGUUCAAGAUGCGGGUUUUGGAGAAUUCUCCAUCUCUUUAAGAAAUACAAGUAUCCCUUUACGUGCUGGGCAAUUGGACAAGCUGUUGAAAAGAACCCCAUUGUAGUAGCCGCUAUGGAGGAAAACGGUUGCGAAGUGGGUUCUCACUCGUAUCGCUGGAUUAAUUACGAGAACAUGGAUCCGAAAGAAGAGUACGACCAUGUUGUCAAAUCCCUUCGUGCCAUUCAAUCGGCAUCGCCAACAGGAAAAACUCCACGAAGCUGGUACACUGGACGCGCCAGUGUAGAAACUCGCAAGGUUGUUUGUCAAGCGUAUAAGGACUUGGGACUUCCGCAGCCGUACGACUCAGACGAAUAUAACGAUGAUUUGCCCUACUGGUUAUCGAAUCCACUGGCUUCAAAACCUAAUGCUGAAGACGAUGAAGGACUACUCAUUGUGCCAUACACGCUGGACGUGAAUGAUAUGAAAUUUGCAGUUGCUCCUGGUUUUAGCACUGCUGAAGACUUUUUCACAUAUGCAAGAGAUGCAUUUGACGUGAUUUAUGAGGAGGGAACCGCUGGAACUCCCAAAAUGAUUACAAUUGGUCUGCAUUGCCGCAUGAUUGGUCGUCCAGGCCGUUUUCGAGGGCUCCAAAAGCUUAUGGCUCACAUUGCAUCAAAGGAAGGUGUUUGGGUUGCUACAAGAGAACAAAUCGCCGAAUGUUGGAAGAGCAAGUUUCCUUAUAGAAAGUGAUCAAUGUUGCUGUCACAUAAUCACAUGAGCCAUUGACAUUCCUUCUUACUCCAUAUGUCUUAGUUGUCCUAGAAUAACGAAAUAAUUUACGAAAUCAUACUUAUAACGAC